AUGGGACAGCUGAUCACCAAGUUGAUGGGCAUCUUUGGGAACCAGGAGCACAAGGUUAUCAUCGUGGGACUGGACAGUGCAGGAAAGGCCACCGUUCUCUACCAGUUCUCUUGUACCCUCUCCUACCACCCCAACCUGACAAAUGAGGUGGUCCACACCUGUCCCACCAUCGGUAGCAACGUGGAGGAGAUCGUUCUGCGGAAGACCCACUUUCUAAUGUGGAACACAGGAGGGCAGGAGGCUCUGCGCUCCACCUGGAACACUGAGUUCACCAUCCUUGUGACCGACAGCACAGACCAGGACCGGCUGCUGACCAGGGAGCAGCUGUAUAAGAUGCUGGCCCAUGAGGCUCUUUGAGAUGCUUCAGUCCUGAUCUUUGCCAACAAGCAGGACAGGAAGGACUCCAUGAGCAUUGUGGAGAUCUCCCAAUUUCUUACUCUCAGUGCCAUCAAAGACCCCCUGUGGCACAUACAAAGCUGCUGUGCCCUCACUGGGGAAGGGCUGCCCGCCGGGCUCCAGUGGAUGCAAUCUCGGGCCACGGCUAACUGA